CGUAAAGAACAGUUACGUCCCUUUUUAAACUUCACGACUUUUACAACAGCUAAACCCAUUAAUUAUUUAUAGUGGUAAAUAACAAGAUGAACAGUUCAACAAAGAAUUACAUGUGCGGAUUUAAUGGAUUUAAACAGAUUAACCAUUGUAAGAAAGAGAUGCAGUCCAAUGCAGUCAAGAAUUUUGUAGAGGACGAUAAUUUUUUCUCAAUUCCACAAGAAGUUAGCACACAUAUGAAGCUGUGCACAUGGUCAAAUUUCUGGGGAAUGACUGAUGACAAGCUGACAUGUUAUGGGUACAAUAGCUCACAGUUAACUACAAAUCUCCAAUUUAACAGAAAGGAAAAAUUAUCAAAGAUGUCAAUGAUAGCUGUAGGAAAAUAUGUACUCAUACAUGAUAACUGUCAUACCUUAGUAAUAAAAGAUGAUGCGAAAAUAUGUGAGUUGACAUUAGAUAAAAACUUUGUAACCCUUGUGGAUGGAACAAAAGAUCAUGUGUAUGGGAUUAAAG